AUGGGCCGCAACGAUGAUGCUCGAAGAAACAGACGACGAAGAGCGCGUGUGUUUGGCGGUGAAAAAAGGCGCAAGUUAGUGGCAGAAAGAGAAGGAGGAAUUAGGGGAAUGGUGUUGCAAACGACUUCAAACGAGGUGUAUUUGCGAGAGGAUAUUUCGUGCGGGUUUCCCGGGUGCGUAAGUUGCGACGAGAGGCAAAAUGGAGCACCAACGGCACUGAACGAGCGGUGCGAUUUUUUUCUCGUGCCGUCGUCGGCGAGCGUCAUCGGAGUGUUGGGAGCGCAGUUUUGGGAAGAUUUAGCGAGAGAUUGUAUCUUGUGUAAGAGCGUUGAAACGCGAACGAGGGAGAAGUUUAAUUCAAACCCGAGGUUGAUGCGAGCGAUGAGAAGCGUAUACGAAGAUUCGCGGAAAGAUAGUUUUUUGUUUGAUGAUUUGCACAGUCGAAAGAUCAGAGAGCUUUCGAAGAGAAGUGGAUGUGGAUUGGUUGAAGCGACCGCGGCGUUUUACGCCGAGAAGGUGCAGACGGCGACGACGAGACGAUCGAAGGUUAUUGUACUCACGACAAAGCCUAUGAAAAGCGCAGUGAAAGAUAACGCCGUGACUACAAUGCACGUAAUCGAGUACAUUCAAAAAUAUCAUCCCGAGAACGAAGCUUUGAUGUCGAAGGUACAAGCGGCGCUCGAAGAGAAAGAAGAGGAAAACGAAAAAGAGGAAGAUAUGGAAGGAGGCGGUACCUUUUCUGAGUACAUUACACGAGUAGAGGUAGAAGAAGGUAUUGCAAACGGUACCAUAGUAAUUGGACAAAUGCGCGUAGAUAGCAAACGGACGUCCGCAGUUGUCAAUAACUCUAUUCGCAUAGACUCAAAAGUCAAAAUGAAUCGAGCUCUACACCUCGAUACGGUUGCGGUUGACGUGAACACGAACGAGGUCGUUUAUGUCGUGUCGCGAAAGCAAAUGGAAUUUACGUGCGUGCUCGAUGAACACGACUCAGAUGACUCUCGGUUGGCACAACGGAGCAGCGUUCUCGUCGUUCCGAGAGAGUCGAGUAAACUGCCUCGGUUUAAGAUGUUCAAAAAUGCUCCGGAUACGCUAAAAGGAAAAGUGUUCUCGGUUCGCUUUUCCUCCUGGUCGAGACAGAAAACGUUCCCGGAUGCGCAUUUUUUGGAAGUUAUAGGUGACGUUGGAAAUUUCAAAGGUGAAGUUGAUGCGGUGUUAACGAGUUGUAUGAUUCGCAAAGAGCCAUUCGGGGUGAAAGCGAACUCGGAAUUACCUCGGUCGGAUUGGACGAUACCGCUCGAAGAACUCGAUACUCGAAGAGAUUUUAGAAAGGAUCCCGCGACGUGUAUUUUUUCAGUCGACCCGCCUGGAUGCGUUGAUGUUGACGACGCGCUGAGUGUAAAGAAGUUGGAAAGUGGUGGUUACGAGAUUGGUGUGCACAUUGCUGACGUGUCGUUCUUCGUCCGAGAGAAAUCUGCGUUAGAUGCGGAAGGUAGGGCGAGAGGCACGACCGUGUACCUACCCAACGAGCGAAUUGACAUGCUCCCGGAAAUUCUGUCUGCAAAUCUGUGUUCGUUACUUGAAGGACAGGACAGAUUAGCGGUAUCGUGCGUUUGGCUCGUGAAUGAGGACUUGCGCAUUGAAGGGAAACCCUGGUUUGGUCGUUCAAUCAUUCGAAACCGAAAGGCUAUCGAUUAUUAUUCGGCGCAAGCUUUGUUAGAUGGAGGCGAUGCGGGAUGCAAAAACAACGUUCGUGAUUUUUACGACGCUUUGUAUGUGUUGACAACUUUUGCGAAUAGCAGACGCCGAGUGCGAGAAAUGAACGGCGCGCUAGAAUUGGCGAGCGCCGAGUUGAGGUUUGAAACGCAUGCUGAUGCUGGCGACCGCGAGGAACUUUCGACGGCAAAAAGAACCGCGGUUGCGGAGAAGCGUGAUGUUCACACAAUGAAAACGGUUGCAGAACUAAUGAUUUCAGCAAAUUGUGCCUGCGCGGAACGCAUUCACACGAAAUUUCUCGAGGCGUCCUUCGUGCGCCGACACAGAAUGCCAGCCGCGGACGCCUUCGACGACAUCAAGAAAUAUUGCCGCGAGUUUUUAAAUUUUAACUCGUUUGAUAGUUCCAGCGGCGUUUCGUUGAACGAAUCGCUUUCGAAGGCUAUCCGUUUAUCCACAGAUUCUCGCGCCUCCGCCGAGGCGUUCUUCCGCGGCAACGCUGCGCAGAAGAUGCAAGAGGCUGAAUAUUGCGUGUGCGACGGGGCCACGUCUUCGUCGCAUUUCGGUUUAGCCGUCGAUUUAUACACGCACUUUACGUCGCCGAUUCGCCGAUAUGCGGAUAUUAUCGCGCACCGACAGUUAUUGAGUGCCAUCGGUGAUUGCAGAGCGGCCAAGCGUAGCGACGACCUUUUGAAAAAAUCAAUUUUGCACGAUCUCGCGGAUCAUCUCAACGAGCGCACGCGAAUGUCGAAAGUCGUGCAAAGGAAAGUUUCAGAAGUUUACCUCGCCUUCUCGAUGCUGGACAAUGCAAAGACGAAAAUCGCCAUGGUUGAAAGUUACGACAAAGAACGAGAAGUUUUGAAAGUGUUUUUGCCGAGUUGGCAUUUACGAGGCAAUGUCUUCCUUCGUGACGAAACAGACGUCAAAACGCUCGAUCCGUGCGGACUCGGCGGCGUUUCUAUUAAUAAAGGCGAGCGCGAGUUUUAUCCUUUGCAAAUAAUUUACAUCGAAGUCUCGGCGACGAGUUCCUAUACGAGGGGCAUUCAAUUGACUUUUACUCUGUCCGAGGCUUUCAAAUUAUCACCGGACGAUGACGACAAUGAUUUGAGGGAAAUGGAACGCCGCGAUGUAGAAAACGCACCAGAACUCGCGCAAGCGUUUGAGAAUUCCGUCACGAUUUCCAGCACGAACAGGAAGAAAGUGUUGCUGGAACGCAACGAACGACGCGAUGACGCGACCAAAACAGAUGACGGUAGCGAAACAGACGAAAUGCUCGUCCCGCCGAAAUCGUUCCGAAUGAGAGCGCUCGAUCCGUAUUCCGUCCAUCUCUUAACGCUCAAAGCUGCUUUGGAGAUGAAAUGCUCGAGAACGCGAAUCGUGGACGAGCCAUCGAAAGCUCGAUACGCUCGUCGUCGCGCUCGGUUAGAAAAAGUUUUAUAG